AUGUUGACUGCUGCAGCAAGUACUCUGUCCAAUAAUUCUGGUGGGUCAUACAGCAAUGAUCGGCCUUUAGGAGCUAGUGGAGAUGCUGAACUGGGUACAGAUCCGGCUUCUGGAGGAUUUUUUCAUUCUGACUACAAAAAACAUGAAGAUUUGAAACAAAUGUUAGAUAGUAAUAAAGAUGGACUUAAAUUAGAAGCUAUGAAACGUAUAAUUGGGAUGGUUGCUAAAGGAAGAGAUGCGUCAGAUUUAUUUCCAGCGGUGGUAAAAAAUGUUGUAUCAAAAAAUAUAGAAGUUAAAAAAUUAGUUUACGUUUACUUGGUACGUUAUGCUGAAGAUCAACAAGAUUUGGCUCUGUUGUCGAUAUCAACAUUUCAGAGAGCACUGAAAGAUCCAAAUCAACUGAUAAGAGCCAGUGCAUUGAGAGUACUGUCUUCUAUACGAGUUUCAAUGAUUGUUCCUAUUGUUAUGCUGGCUAUUAAAGACUCGGCCAGUGAUAUGUCACCGUAUGUGAGAAAAACUGCUGCACAUGCUAUUCCUAAAUUGUACUCAUUGGAUUCCGAGCAAAAAGACGAGUUGAUAAGUGUUUUAGAAAAAUUAUUGUCUGAUAAAACAACACUGGUUGUUGGUUCUGCUGUAAUGGCCUUUGAAGAAGUUUGUCCAGAACGAAUAGAUCUUAUUCAUAAAAAUUAUCGUAAACUUUGCAAUUUACUUGUUGAUGUUGAUGAAUGGGGACAAGUUGUUAUUGUAAAUAUGUUGACACGUUAUGCUCGAACACAAUUUAUUAAUCCAAAUCUUGAUGAUAUUGAAGAGGAUGAAAAUCGACCAUUUUAUGACUCAGAUUCAGAUUCAUCAAAUGUAAAAAAAAUAAAAUUUUCAUUAGAUGGAGAUCAUCGUUUAUUAUUAAGAAAUACAAAGCCAUUAUUACAAAGUCGUAAUGCCUCAGUUGUAAUGGCUGUUGCUCAAUUAUAUCAUCAUGUAGCACCUCGUAGUGAAGUUAUGAUUGCUGCUAAAGCAUUAAUAAGACUUUUAAGAAAUCAUCGAGAAGUCCAGAGUAUUGUUCUCAAUUGUAUUGCCAGUAUCUCUAUUGCAAGAAAGGGAAUGUUUGAACCAUUUCUUAAAUCAUUUUUCGUUAGAACGUCUGAUCCAACACAUAUUAAAUUAUUAAAAUUGGAUAUAUUGACAAAUUUAGCUACAGAAACGAGUAUAAGUGUUAUACUGAGAGAAUUUCAAACUUAUAUAUCGAGCAGUGAUAAAGAAUUUGUUGGUGCAAGUAUCCAAGCUAUUGGAAGAUGUGCCAGUAAUAUUAAAGAAGUUACUGAUACGUGUUUAAAUGGAUUGGUUUCUUUAUUAAGCAAUCGUGACGAAGUUGUAGUGGCAGAGAGUGUUGUUGUUAUAAAAAAAUUAUUACAAACUCAACCGAAUGAGCACAAAGAAAUAAUAGCACAUAUGGCUAAAUUGAUGGAUUUUAUAACAGUACCACAGGCUAGAGCCUCAAUACUUUGGUUACUCGGUGAAUACUCUGAUCGGGUCCCAAAAAUAGCUCCUGAUGUUUUACGUAAAAUGGCUAAAAGUUUUAUCAAUGAAAAAGAUAUUGUUAAAUUACAAAUAUUAAAUUUAGCAGUUAAAUUGUGUCUUAAUAAUCCAGAACAAACAAAAUUAUUUUGUCAAUAUGUAUUUCAACUUGCUAAAUAUGAUCAAAACUAUGAUAUAAGAGAUCGUGCACGUUUUUUACGUUAUUUUAUAUUUGAUAAUAAUAAUGAUGAUGAUGAUGAUAAUGAUAAUACUAAUAAUGAUGAUAAUAAUGGUGAAAAAAAAUUAGCUAAAUAUGCUAAAAAUAUAUUUUUUGCUUCAAAACCAGCGCCAACCCUAAUGUCACGUUUUAAAGGAUCACAAUAUCAAUUGGGUACAUUGUCACACUAUCUUGAUAUGCCUUGCGCUGGUUACAGACCAUUGCCAGAUUUUCCAGAGGUUGCACCAGAUCCAUCAGUUAGAGACGUUGCUGAACCAAUAGACGUUACUCAUCCACCACGAGAAAAAAGACACAAUAAAAAAGAUAAAAAAGUCAAAGAAAAAUCAUUUUACAGUGAAGAUGACAGUUCACCCAAUGAUCAAGAAUCUCAAGAUGAAUCGUCAGAUACUUCAUCAAGUGAAACGUCAAAUUCAGAUGACAGUAGUUCAUCAGUUUAUAGUUCAGAAUCAAAUAAAUCAAAAGAGCCUAUUAAAAAGAUUAUCAACAAUGUAGAGUCUGAAACAUCUGACAGUGAAUCAGAUUCCGAUGAAUCUAGCUCAGAAAGCGGCAGUAGUGAUUCUUCAAACGACAAUAAAUUAAAAAAAAAAAUUACUGAAAAUAAAAAAGAAAAAAUUGUUGAACCAAAACCCAAGAGUAAUCUUGAUUUGUUACUCGAUUUAGACGAUGUAAUACCUAUGACACCAGUGAUGACGCCGAGCUUGGGAGGUUUUCUUACACCAAUUAAUCCAAUUUCAUCUAUAAAUGUAAUUGUAAAUGGGAUUACACAAGUAUCCCCAUUUUUUACACCAACUAAAAGAACAGAACUUGUUAAUAAAAUAACUGGACGUGGGCUUAAAAUAGAAUCAAGGUUUACACGAUGUCAGCAUUUAGUUAAUCCAAUGUUAGCCAGUGUUGAAUUAGCAUUUAUUAAUGAAGGCAAUCAACCAAUUACAAAUAUACAAAUUGGUAAUAAAAAUUUACCAUCUGGUAUGAUGAUACAUGAUUUUUCCCCUAUUACAAUUUUACAACCAAACGUGACACUGUCAUCGAUAAUUGGAAUUAAUUAUAACGAUUCAACACAACCGGCAAAUUUUAACAUUGAAUACACAAUUGGUGAUAAAACUCACGCGCCUUCUGUUCAAUUAAAACCAACUAUAGGUGAAAUUAUACGUGCUGUACAGCUUCCAGAAAAUAUGUUUAUUGUUGAAAAAGAUAAAUUAAAGGGUAUGAAUGAACACACCGCUAAAUUAAUUUUUAAUGGUAAUAAAAAAGAACUGUCGCAAAAAAUUAUUGAAGCUGCUAAUCUCGCAAUUGUUUCUAAUGAAAAUGAUUUUAUGAGAUUUGCUGGAAAUACAUUGUCAUCAAAAUCUCUGGUGUUGGUAACUGUUAAAUUUUUACAAGAUCAACAAAUUGAAAUAAUUGUCAAUUGUGAAAAAAUGGUUAUAGGUUCAAUGUUGUUAAGUGAAAUUAAAGGAUAUUUCCAUUAA